GCCGCCCCUGCCUCCCUGAGGGCCGGGCGGGGAAGAUGGCGGCGGGGCCGGGGAAGCACAAGCUGCUGAGCGCCGGCCCCACCGAGCCCUGGUCCAUCCGCGAGAAGCUCUGCCUGGCCUCCUCCGUCAUGCGCAGCGGUGAUCAGAACUGGGUCUCGGUCAGCAGAGCCAUCAAACCUUUUGCAGAGCCAGGACGUCCACCUGACUGGUUUUCCCAAAAGCACUGUGCAUCUCAGUACUCAGAGCUCUUGGAGACCACGGAGACCCCUAAGAGAAAACGUGGUGAGAAGGGAGAAGUUGUGGAAACUGUGGAAGAUGUUAUUGUGCGGAAACUGACUGCAGAGCGCGUUGAGGAGUUAAAGAAAAUUAUUAAAGAAACACAGGAAAAAUACAGGCAACUCAAGAAGGAUGCAGAGCUGAUCCAGGCCGGACACAUGGAUAACAGACUGGAGGAGCUGUGCAAUGAGAUUAUGAUAAAGAAAAAAAUGGAGGAGGAGGAGGCAGAAGUCAAGAGGAAGGCUACAGAUGCUGCUUAUCAAGCUCGCCAGGCCAUUAAGAACCCACCUCGAAGACUCACGGGUGUGAUGGUUCGUUCUCCCGCUGGCUCCACCUCCCCGGGCGGGGAUUAUUCCCUGGGAGAUCUGUCCCAGCCGGCUGGGGAUGAGGCCAGUCCAGGGGUCACGCCAGGGACAUUGCCCAGCACCCCAGUUGCCUCCUUCAUUGGAAUCCCUGACACCCCUCCAGGCUCUGCUCCCCUGGAUGCCCCCAUGACCCCAGUCACUGAUGAUUCACCCCAGAAAAAGAUGCUAGGACAAAAAGCAACUCCGCCUCCUUCCCCUCUGCUCUCAGAGCUGCUGAAGAAGGGCAGUCUCCUGCCCACAAGCCCCAGGCUGGUCGGUGAAAAUGAAAUGGCAGUGGCUUCUGGUCACAUGAACAGCUCGGGAGUGCUGCUGGAGGUAGGAAGUGUCCUUCCAGUGCUGCACAGUGGGGAAAUGCAGUCGGCACCUGGUGCUGUCCCUGCAUCUCCAGCUGCUUCAGGUGCUCCUACGCUUUCCCGGCUUUUAGAAGCUGGUCCUGCACAGUUCACCUCACCUCUUGCUUCCUUCUCCGCUGUUGCCAGCGAGCCUCCAGCUAAGCUCCUGCCACCCCCCGUAGAGCCUGUGUCCCAGGCCACAAUUGUCAUGAUGCCCACGCUGUCAGCACCAGCCGUUGUGCCACCAGCUGCAGCUCCAGAAAGCGUAGCCACAGUGAGCCAGCCAGAAGCUUGUGUUUCCAUGGAGGCAGUGACUGAUUCCCACACUGUGACAGUGUCCAUGGACAGCAGUGAAAUAUCAAUGAUCAUYGAUUCCAUCAAGAAAGAGUGCCUGGGUUCUGGGGCUGGCAGCACUGCRGGGUCUUCCAAAGAUCACUGCAUGGAUGGGAAAGAAGAUCUGGAUUUGGCUGAGAAAAUGGAUAUUGCAGUGUCCUAYACGGGGGAAGAGCUGGACUUCGAUACGGUUGGAAAUAUUAUAGCCAUCAUUGAGGACAAGGUGGACGACCACCCUGAAGUCCUGGAUGCAGCAGUUGUUGAGGCUGCUCUGUCUUCUUUCUGYGAAGAUACCGAUGACCCUCAGACCCUUCCUGGCCCAUGGGAACAUUCAAUUCGUCAGGAGCAUGAGAAACAGGCCCAGAUACCCCAAGUGUCUGUGACUGUGAAGCAAGAGAGACUGGAGUGUGAGGAACCAGAGGCAAAGGGAAUUCGUGACCUAAUGGGCAUUGGUGAGCUGGGGUCAGAAAUAAAGACUGAACUUCCAGAGCAGGACCAGACUCAGCUGGGCCCUGAAGAAACCAUACCAGCAASUGCAAGAGUGACAGAAACUCCAGAACUUAGAAACCAAGAGAUAGAAGAAGAUCAAAGAGCAGCUGUAACAUCAGGAGAGACUUCUGAAAUCAAGAUAGAGUCGUCCCAGGCAGAAGAUGCAGUGCUCAAUCCAGUGAAGACAGAGACCCCACCUGAUGAUGAUUCAUCCCCUCCACAAGUCCCAAAUGUGAGUGAAGACUCCUCACAGGCUGAUGUUCAGCACAAAUUUGAGCUGUCAGAGUCAAUAAAGGAGGAGGCCCAAGCUCUGUUUAGGAGUCAGAUGAAGGAYGGGCAGGGUGAGGAGGAUGAUGAGGAUGGUGCCAGUGAGGCUGCCAGCUUGGAGGAGCCCAAAGAAGAAGACCAGGGUGAGGGGUAUCUCUCAGAGAUGGAUAACGAGCCCCCCGUGAGCGAGAGCGACGACGGCUUCAGCGUCCACAACGCGCCCUUGCAGUCCCACGCGCUCGCCGACUCCAUCCCCAGCAGCCCGGCCUCCUCGCAGUUCUCAGUGUGCAGUGAGGACCAGGAAGCAAUACAGGCUCAGAAGAUCUGGAAGAAAGCCAUCAUGCUGGUUUGGAGAGCUGCAGCUAAUCACAGAUAUGCCAACGUCUUCCUACAGCCUGUAACUGAUGACAUAGCACCAGGCUAUCACAGCAUCGUGCAGAGACCAAUGGAUUUAUCUACCAUCAAAAAGAACAUUGAGAACGGGCUGAUCCGAACCACAGCCGAGUUCCAGCGGGAUAUUAUGCUGAUGUUUCAGAAUGCAGUGAUGUACAACAGCUCUGACCAUGAUGUGUACCACAUGGCUGUGGAGAUGCAGAGAGAUGUCCUGGAGCAGAUCCAGCAAUUUCUGGCCACACAACUGAUGAUGCAAACAUCAGAGUCAGGGAUCAGUGCAAAGAGCCUGCGGGGGCGAGACUCCACUCGCAAGCAGGAUGCUUCAGAGAAGGACGGAGGCACCAGAGGGCGGCGCUGCGCCAUCGAGGCAGACAUGAAGAUGAAGAAAUGAUGCUGCAGACGCAGAAUCCCAGCAGAAUCCCAGGCAUCCGGAGCUGGAGUGCAAGCAGGCAGCUCUUAACUGCUCUUGGAGGAGGAAGAAAAGCUGCAGGUCCAUUUCUGGGACCUGGUUCACCACCUUUGCUUGCCCUUCUGGAAAGCAGUGUCUUGUCAGAAUGUGUAACCCAAAGAAACUUCCCCAGAGGGGAAGACCAGCCCCCCUGCCUGUUUUAGGGCAGUCGUCUUGGGCUUCAUCAGUGUUCUGGUGUUAGCUAGCAACUGGUGGCUCGUAUGUACUGUAAUGUGAAGUGUACAGAUUUUUACUAGUGAUGUGUAAAUGUGAUGUAUAUUAAAAUCUGGGAACAAACCCGUGUGCAGUGUGCUGAGCAUUGCAGCUCUGCAGGGAGGAACCCUGUGGUGCAAGCCUGGAUUCCCACCUGGARUAUCUGCAAAAAUAAUUCUCUUCCAGUUAUCCCUGUAGCACACAGGCAUGGCAGAGCUCUGAUGACAAUCUGUAAAUCACGGGAGUGCUGCACAGUGCUUGGAUGGUGAAGGAGAGGAAGAUUCCCUGCCUGAGUGUGUGAGGAUACAGCACCUCUGUGAUGACACAGGAGAUCAAACCUUGAGAAGUUAACUACCCCAGGCUUGUUUGAGCUUUCCUUAGGAGAAAAUGCAUUGAAAAAGACUUGACAUUCUUUUCCCCGAGAGCUGUGGAAGCCACACUGGUGAGAGUGAAAAUCUGUGAUCCCAACACCUGUAGGCAGGAUUGCCAGUACCUGGUUUCACAUCUGAGCUUGUGCACUSUUUCUACUGGAAAUUACAGUAAUUUUCCUCAGCAACAUGAAGGUUUAAUUCUCUGCAAGAAUUUCCAAGUCACUUUUUCUGCUCAUAUGACGUGAGAUAAAACUUGCAUGUUUUCUGCCCACACAACCUUUCACGGGGGAAAAAAAACAACAAAAUGACACCAUCCUCCAUGGUUGCAGCAGCUGGGAGUGCUCUACACUCUGCAGCAUGUCCAGGGUGCAGCUUUCUGGUAGACAGGUUUCAGGAAACUGAGUCACUGGGAUUAAGAGCAGAGGCAUUGUUGCCUUAUCCAGUAAGAGCUCUUGAUUUUCACAAGUUCAGUGUUGAAGUUGGCCGUGCCUGCUCUGUCAAGUCGGAUGUAUUGCUGAGGUGUAUUUUCACCAAGAGUCACCUUACUGAUGUGGAAAUGCUGAAACUCCCUUGGUUUGGUGAUUGGUUAAUUGUCCUUCACAACUAAACCCGGGAGUAAAUUUCUGAUUUGAAUUUUUAUUUUUCUCAGUUCAWAGCACAAAAUGUACCGGGUUCUUUGUCUUUCAUGUAUUUUAUGGAUUUAAGUUAGAGACAAAGUUUUUAGCAGGACCCAUUGUGAYAGGAUAAGGUGAUGGUUCUAAACUAAAAGAGGGUUGAUUUAGWCUCAAAGAUUUCUCUUUUUACAAURAGGGUGAUGAGACCCUGGCAUGAGUUGUCCGGAGAWGCUGUGGAUGCYCCAUCYCUGGAAGUGUUGAAGGCCAGGUUGUACAGGGCUGUGAGUAACUUSAGCUAUUUGAAGAUGUCCCUGCUCAUUGCAGGUGGGCUGGACCCAGACAGUCUUUAAAGGUCCCUCCCAACYCAACCUGUUCCAUGAUUCUAAACUGAAAAGAACCUCUGUGCAUUCCUUUACUUCAUUCUGCUGCUCAGAGCAGGGCCAGCUUCAAAUAUUCACCUUACACACAGUCAGAAUUCCCUGUGGUGUAACUUGUCAUCCCUUUCUGCUUUCACUGCUGGGCAGAGAAGAGUYUGGCUCCAUGUGUGUAACACUUCUGCCCUGCCAUUGUCUCUUGGAAAAUUCAGGUGCAGCACAGGAGACCUUUAUCAGGCCCUCAGAACUUGCUGUCAUCAUGGCAAGCAGUGCUGUUCCUUCUUACCUUUGGUUUCUGCUCUUAACCAGGUAUUUUUCUCUCACCCUUUUUUUCAUUUCUCAUGACAUUUUAAUAGUCUUUAAAGAUGUUUAAGAGCUUUAAAACUCCAAGAUAUGAUUUUCUCUAUGGAGCCUCAUUGCCUCUUUACCAACUCCUCAUCUCAUGCUCCGACUAUUUACUAAUUCUUUUCUUCCUAAUACUUUGUUCUAAUCUGUCUAGUACAGAGCUGAUGUUUUACUGUGCUGCAUCUCCCAGCACCCACCCUUUUACAGACAGAUAAAACUGUCACGCCUUUCUGGGUUUCUUCUUAAACUUAAAUGACAUUUUACAGAGCAUAGGGUUGGUCCCAUUAUAUUUAAGCUUCUUUAAGGCUCACAAAUGAAUCCCAGUGGGUUCUGAGGUUUAUUCGCUCACUCAAAUUGUUCUAAAACCUCCCCUGUUGACAUUUUAAUUAGAAAUCAUCUCUCAGAACCAUCCCAAGAGAAGGUCUCAUGUGAGCUCCUCUGUGCCAACUGCUGAUAACGAUGAUUAAUUUGGUUUUUCCARCUGGCCCUAUUUUCCAUUGAGAUGUUUGGCAUUGAUCAUGUGUCAUCCCCACUGAUCAUCUGGCAGGUCUCUGCUUCUGAUGUUUUUGAUUAGGUUUUUUGUUUUUAUUUGC